AUGCCUGGCACCGUGCCAACCGAUCUGGAAUGGUACCGGCAGCUCCGUGUGAUCCAGCUUCGCGAUGAUACAUCAGAUGGUACAUGGCUAGUCACCCAAUCUGCCACUGUGAGCGGCGUAGGAUAUGUCAAUCAUUCCAAUCGAAUGCAUGCCCCCUCGCACCAUGAUUGCUGUUUCAGCGACGACGGGGUUGGCAGCCUGAUGUCGUACAUCCGAUUCCGCGACCCGGCAUCAGGUACCUGGUCUUUCGACGUGCAUGAAUUAUGCUGGCAGAUUCUACUGCAGAGAGUCCCGGAGGGCAGAUCCGACCUCACCAAGUUUUCCACUCUUCUAUUCCAGAUGCUGUUUUGUACCACACGGGGGAAGCAUCGAUACCUUCGUCCUGGUCAUGACUUCGGUGGCGCAGCCCAAUUUCAAAAGCCGAUGGGGGCUGUGAUUCACGAUAUGAUCGAUCAAGGAUUUGAUUAUCUCUCGGCUUGUCCUUCACAGUUCCGCAAUCUGCUAGAGAUUCUAUCGCUUGCUACCCCGGACAUUCAAUUCUGCCCUCAACGAUCCACGCAUAGAGCCUGGAGGCCGUCUCCGCGCGAUGACAUAUUCUCCUCACUUCCAGUCGAGGUUCUACAUAUGAUUGUGUCCGUCCUCCCUUCACCCGACAUCCAGCAGUUGCGAUUGGCGUCAAGAAGCCUUGCAUCCGCGACUGAUCCGUCAUCGCUGCCUCAGUUCUUCUGGCGCACCAGGUUUCUGGCAGAUGGCGAGAUGGGAUUUGCUUGGCCCGCGAACUCGACGGGUGAUCUCAACUGGCGUGACGCUUACUUUACGCUGAAGCAUGCUUUGAGCGAUACCUCCGGCUCCGACUUUGCGCAGGCCAGAAACCGGCGGCGAAUAUGGAGACUUGCCGGUAUCAAUGCGGCUCUGCUUUCUCAGUUCUUGGAUGGAACCGACCUUUGUGGCAGUAUCUGUACCGAGGACGCAGGUCUGUCUCAUAGCGCCAAUACAACUACUGAAAAUAAGACACACGGUGAAAUGCUCAGCGCCCAAGUGUCGGAGGACUCUCACCGGCUACUUUCUGUAGGAAGUCUGAGGCUCCACGAUAGGACCGUCAUUUUACCUUUGAACGACUUCACUGUCAAGGCCAUUCGUGUUUAUGUGGUUUACUUUAACUUGCAGUAUUUCAUCUCCGGUCUGGAAUUUGAACUUCUGAACCUUUCUACUCAUGCGCUUUCCGACAUCGCUCUGGGAUUUACGCCACCCAACGCGGGCCAUUUGAUCCAAAUUGCCCCGUCCGUUUGUGUAACAGGAUUUGAACUAGAAGUCUGUUCCCGAGGCAUCACCAAUCUAAGAGUGCUCGUUGAAGGAAGCGACCACGGUGCAUGUCCGCCGCAGUGGGUGCGAGGUCAAGAGACGGACCGGGCCGAUAUCGCGUUGGGAAAGCUGAACUUCGGCGCCAUGAAAGCACGACGAAUCCGACUGGUCGCUAAGUUUGAUGCAUUCAAAUUGAUCGCCUUGGGAUUUACCGAAGCCAGUGACACCGUUUCGGAAAACGACAAUAGUUUCGCACUCCAACCAAUGUGGACGCCCACCUAUCCAAGAGAAGCCGUAUCCCUCGUUCCUAAACUGCAGCCAGCAUUGCAAGGGUACAACCGUAUGCUGAAUAUUGAUUUCGCGGGUUCCAACGGGGAGAAGCUUCCGCAACUCACAAGGAUAGUGACCCAUAUCCUCAAUGACUCGGCACCCAUUGUAGGAUUCACCUUCUAUUUUGAUAACCGGACCUCUACCAACUUCGGUCGACGGGGCUUGAUGGAAGUAUCUUUGUUGAUUGAUGGACCCGGUGGGGAGUAUGUCACAGGUGUCACAGUCGCGAAGUCCACCAAGGAUAGCCGGAUCCUGCUACUUUGGAUGUGCACAAACCUUGGAAAAGAGCUUAUCGCCGGUUGGGAUGAGCUGAGCCGCGCUGAAGUGUCGGACUAUCGGCUAACAGUGCAUUCAUAUGACUCUCGCUCGAAUCCUCUCAUUGAAGGUAAGGAAAUGACUAUCAAGGAAAUGCAAGCGCCCAUCGGGCAGCGCAUUACUGGAUUCAUUGCCACCCUGGAGGCUUCACAACACUCGUUCUGCGGGUUUGGAUUACAGUGUGAAGAAACCCCACGACCGUAUGAAACGCGGGUCACGGGCGCGGUUUCUCACCUCCCUGUCUCAACUGCCGCAUGCCUAGCCUCAACUCUAGGCUCAUAUAUCAUCACAGAAAGAUCCAAUUGUUGUAGAGCCUUUACAUCUGCGAGUUUGAAAUCGGUCAAGUGUAUAAAAUUCUCGAGCGGAGAUCUCGAGCGCCCGCGGUUCUCCAAUGAGAUUUCCGGAGUAUGGUUAGAGUACUUCGAAUCUCCCGACUCGAUUGUCGGUCAGUGGAUCUCUGAGUCUGCGUCGAUCACCCUUGAGCCCGGAGAGAUGAUCACAGGAAUCACAAUAUGGCUCUCAAACGGUCAGAUAUCCUUGAGCCAGGAGUUCUUCAUGGGCCGAGUCAUUCGCAUCAUGAUAACUACUUCCGUCCAGACGGUGGUGUAUCCGGAAGGACCCCCGCUACCAGCCCACGAGCAUACUAUCUUGCGGUUUGAAGAAAACCACCUCGAGGAACUGUCGUGCCUUGUCUGGGUAUUCAACGAUGCGUGGGACUUUCCACGAGUAAUCCGGAGUCCCAAAUCGCCGAGUCAGAAGAUGGUUUGCUGGGACCCGUGCCAUACCCUCAAGACACGGCCCUGGGCCGCUCCCCAAAGGGCACUCUGGGCGGGAGACAAUGGAACGGAUCAUCUGGUCUCCAUAGCUGGGUAUCGCAGCUUGAAUAAGGAGAAUUACAUCACUGGCCUGAGAUUCUCAUAUAAGUCCGGUGCUGUUCGGGAUAUAGGCGACGUGGCGGCUGGACAGGCCCUUCGCUCUGUGCGACUUUCUGCGGACGAAGAUGUCCAAAGGAUGUCCUUGAUCAGGGACUGGACUGGCCUCCUGCAAAUCACUUUCCAUUUCAUCAAACGGGGUGAACAUGCGAAGACUCGACGCGCCCUUAUCGCCACGCCAUCCGCGAAGAGGAACUUACCCUCUAUGACGGGCAGAACGGACCAUGAGGAUGUCGACUUUCUACAACGCAGGUAUACAUCGCAUUACCGCCGUGCAGCGGGGAAUGCGCAGAACAAAGAAGGAGACUUGCCCCGAGGGGAAAUUGUUGGGUUGUGGGGCCUCAAAAAACCAGAUGCCAAGUUACAUGUUGGGGUCGUUAUGUUGCAGAACUCUCGGCCCAGUGCUAAAGGUGCUAAAGUCUCGUUCUUGGGGUAG